AUGCCGGCCACCAACCAGAAACCGGCUCCUCCUACGCCGGCAUCACCUCGAAACACAGCCAAGUACACAAACAAGGAUGGAUCAAAGUUCAUCACUGUCCCUAAAAGCACACCUUCCGACUCCUCCCAACCCUCAACGCCGACAAUUGCCGCUAAAUCGGUGAAUCCGCUGCCAAACCCUCCUACGCCUGACGCGCCUUUACAGAACGUAAAUCGCAAGAAGCAAAAGCGUCGACAAAAGGCAUUAGCAAAGGCCGCGGCCGUCGAGCAAGCAGCCAACGCUCUUCCAGACCCCUCAUCAACAUCAAACGGACCCAACGAGGCUUUACCCGAUGACCAAGACGUCGUCGUAAGUGAUGAGGAAGAUGUGGAGGACGCGCGGAAUGGCGACCUUGCGGGGACGAAUGGCCAUUCUCGUCCGGCGUCCAAGUCCAAAAAGAACAAGAAAAAGAAGAGAAAGAAUGCCGACGAGUUUGGCGAUGUUGACAACUCUCCAGUUGUUUCUACUUCUGUACCCCGAAUGACCAGUCAAGACGUCUCUCGACCAUCAGGCAUGUCACGAGAUAAGAUUUGGAGCACAAGCAAUCACGAAGAAAGAGAACGCAUUAAGGAGUUCUGGCUUGGACUUGGCGAAGACGAGCGAAAGUCACUGGUCAAGGUGGAGAAAGACGCUGUCUUGAAGAAGAUGAAGGAACAGCAGAAGCACACAUGCAGUUGUACUGUGUGUGGACGGAAACGAACAGCUAUUGAGGAGGAGUUGGAGGGCUUGUAUGAUGCGUACUAUCUGGAGCUAGAGCAGUUUGCCAACCACGGCGAUGGACCACCAAUGCUGCAACCACCAUCACGAGACUUCCCCCUGCGACCUCGCCGUCGACUACCCUCGAAUUAUACCCCGCAACAGCCGUCUCAUGGUAGGAUUGUAGAGCACGUGGGCGACGAAGAUGAAGAAGACGAGCUGGAAGAAGUUUAUAGUGAGGAUGAAGCGGAGGACGACGAAUAUAGUGACGACGAACCCCCAGAGCAGUUUCACAAUCCCUAUGAUCGAGACAUGACGGAUUUCUUGGCAUUUGGCAGUAGUUUGCAAGUCAAGGGUACGCAGCUUCUUGAAUCUCUUCUCAGCGCAUAUGGUAACAUGGACUUAGGCGGCAUUCUCACCGUGGCGGAUGACCUACUCAAAAACGACGGCAAGCGAUUCAUUGAAAUGAUGGAACAGCUAGCAGAACGUCGCAUGGCUCGCGAGGAGGAUGCAAGAGAGCACUUCUCCCGCGGCUACGGUCAUCCCAACGGCUCAUACUCCGCUCCUCAUAAUCAUCCUCCUGACGAUGAUGACUACGAAGAUGAAGAAGACGAGGAGGAAGAUUAUGAGGACAGCCAAGACGAGGAGUAUGAGGAUGAAGAGGUAUAUUCUAAUCCUUCUAUAAUGCCGUCCAGGUUCCAUACUGAGUGCUGCUGCCAGGAUCAAAUGACGGAAGAACAGAGAAUGGAGGAAGGCCGCAGAAUGUUUCAAAUAUUUGCAGCCCGAAUGUUCGAGCAAAGAGUCCUAUCUGCAUACAAGGAGAAAGUGGCCAAAGAGCGGCAAGACAAGCUGCUAGAAGAGUUAGAAGAAGAGAGCAGGCAAGUUGAUCAGCAAAAGGCCAAGAAAGCCAAAAACGCGCAAAAGAAAAAGGACAAGGCUGCUCAAAAGAAGCAAGCCUUGGCUGAGGAAAAGGCGCGUAAGGAAGCUGAAAAGGCCGCGGAAGAGGCUGCUCGCCUGGAAGCUGAGCAGCAGAGAAUUGCUGAACAGAGACACAAAGCCGAGGAGAAACGAAAACAGAAAGAAUCCCAGAAGAAGGCUGAGGAAGAAGCCAGAUUAAAGAAGGAGGCCGACCGUCAACGACGCAUUCACGAGCAGCGCGAAAGACAGGCGGAGCAAGAACGCAAAGCCCGCGAGGCAAAGGAGCGCGAAAAGAAGCUCAAGGAAGAGCAACGUCAAAGGGACCAAGAGGCUCGGGAUCAGAGAGAGCGGGAAGCACAGGAGCGUAAAGAGAAACAGGAACGCGACAAGCGAGAAAAGGAGGCGAGGGCAGCUAAAGCUCACAAAGAGAUAUAUGAAGCUGCUCAACGAGCAAAAGAAGACAAAGCAAACCACAAGUCCUCCAUCCAAACUGCUCAGACACAACCCAUUCAAAUCGCAAAGCGCGGACAGGGGUAUACUUCUACCCCCCUCCCGACUGUUCUAUCGCAACAUCCGCCUAACCCGGCAAGCUACGCUUCGCCAAAAAUUCCAGUAGCCACGCCAGCGAUCCCGAAAGCGCCCACACCUAUUCGAUCUCGUGCGUUGUCUCAGCAGCAAGACUCUGGUCCAGGGAGCUCAGCGGCUUCCCAAUCCGCAUCAGGACCUAGCCAGAAUCCGUCUCCUCAUCCCGGAACUCCUAUUCAGGCCAGCCCCGGACCCAUUGGGCAAGAAAGAAAAGCCAGCACAAGCAGCUCGAUACUCGCGGCUCAGCUCAAUCAACCCGUGUCACCUCACAGUAUGCAAACCAGACUACCGAGCCACACGCCGCCUUUCCAAAUGCCGCCGACAAUGGGUUUGCAACCGCCCCCAGGACUGACACAACACCGACCGCCACGCUUUCCCAGCCCUAUUUCACACGAGGCUAUAUUUCCCCCCCUUCAAUUUCGUCCUGGUCCCAACGUGAUGAUGCCGCCUCCUGGACUGAACGGACCAGGUGCACGAGGAUUUCCCCAAGGCCCAAUGGCGCCUCCGGGAUUCAAUCACGCUUCGACGGAUCCGUUCCCCAUGAACCAAGGGUUCCCAAUGGCGAAAGAGCCUCCGAUUCCUACGCAUACACGCCAAGGCUCUAUUGGAUAUGAUGGGGCAGCAGGAGUGCCGACCCAACCGAUUGGAAGACCUGCACCGAUUGGCCGCCCUGGCAGCCUCUCUCAACGCCAAUCUCGCGAAGCAGAUGACGAAACUAAGCAUCUGGGUAGCAGCGCUCUGGUAGCUGACGAUGCGCCUCCGCUGGAGGGCAUGAACCCCGGUAGUCUGCGUAAUCAACCCCCCGGGCCCCGUGGAGGAUUUCCGACGAGCCCUUUUAUGGACGCAGGGUUUCCCAUGGGACAGAAUCCCUGGGGUCCUCCGGCGGGAGCCACACACGGGCAGCCUUUCCCACCACCUGGCUUCCCGAAUUCGACGUGGGGCUCUCCGGGAAUUCCGCCAGGCUUUGGCAUGGCUAAUAUGGCCUCGCCAACUCCAACCAUGAGUUCCAUUCGAUCCUCAUCCCAGCCACGCCACGUUAUGGUUAGAUCCUUUCUGUGUACUGCAUACAGAGAAUUAUCUGCGUCUGGAGCUGCCGAUGCAGAGGGAUACAUGGACCUAGGCGCGAUCAAGUCACAGGUGGAGAUUUAUGCCAAUGACUUCUCCCUAACCGAACAAGACCUGCUGAACCUUUGUGACACUGAGGGCAACAAUUCCAACGGGGGCGGAACAUUUGAUGUCAAGCGUGAUAUGAACGGCGUCGGCCAACACAGGAUUCGAUGGACUCUGGAUCAAAGUGAUGCUCCAGGGCAUUCAUACCGAGCGGUGGGAGCACCAGGAGAGGUUUGCAGCCCUCGUACCAACCACGCAUCUUUGCGGGGCCACUAG